GGCCCUGAACAGGAACAUGCUAGGUGGGUAGAUUCUACAGGAGUGCCCUUCCCUGUCUCCUGCCCCACCUACCUUUGUAUAAAGUUUCUACCCCAGGAAGGUUCUGGAAAGAAAAGCUGGUGAGCAGUAGCUGAACAGAAAGACACUAUGUUCUCCUAUAACUCAGAGCCUGGCCAAAGACUGGCUGCCUAUGGCACGGGUAGUUCUCUAGCCAUGCAGCUGCUGCUAUUUUUUCUGCUCUUCCCAUCUCUUGGACAAGGGGUUCCUCAGUGCCCCAAGGCCUGCAACUGUACCUUGCCAGUCGAUGGCACAUCAGCCACCUGUGGCCCCCUGGACAGCUUCCCCAAGGGCCUUCCUGUGGAUACUAUUUAUGUCUUUGUAGAAUAUACCAACCUCUCACAGCUCUCAAGUGAUGCCCUCAGGGGCCUCCCUAAUCUCAAGGAAUUGCACCUCGCUGGCAACAGGAUUGUCAAUGUGAGCUCUGGGCUCCUGGCACCCACACCCACCCUGACGGUGCUGGACCUGACAGGUAACAGCCUGUCUGAGCUACCCAGUGGACUCUUCAGAAACUCGGCAGCCCUCCGCUCCUUGGUGCUGAAAGGAAACAGACUAGAGACUCUUAAGGUGGACUGGCUGGAGGGACUGGUGGCCUUGAGCUGGCUGGAUGUGUCUGCAAACAAGCUCCAGAGGCUGCCCCCAGAUCUGCUCCUCAACUUUACCGCCCUACAGACCCUGGACCUAUCUAAUAACAGGUUGCUGGAGCUGCCCCCCAAUCUGCUGAAGGGCCUCCCCCACCUGGAAAGGCUUCACCUGGAGGGCAACCAGCUCCAGACUCUGGCCGAGGUCACCUUUUCUGCUACACCACACCUGUGUUACCUUUUCCUUCAGGGAAACAGGUUAAACAACCUGCCUCUCAGCAUCUUCAGCACCCUGGGUGAGCUGGACAUGCUUGACCUGUCCAACAACUCACUGGCACAGGUCCCGGAUGGGCUGCUGGAUAAGGUGGGACCAAUGAAGGUUGGAUUUGAUCUCUCAGAGAAUCCUUGGAAAUGUGAUGAGAAGCUAUGUGGUCUCUACCACUGGCUUUUGAAAAACCAGGACAAAAUGUUCUUCAAGAAUAAGUCCCUCUGUGAUAGCCCCAAAGACCAAGCAGGCCAGACACUCCUGGAGGUGGCUAAGAAAAGGGUCUGUCCCAAGCAGUAGGUCCUAUGGGACACAACCUUCUCAGCUCUGCCCUAUGCACAUCCCCCUACAUACUCAUCAGCCUAAACUCAUAUCCCAGCCCCAGCCCCAGGCAAAGCUUUGCCAGGUUGUCCACAGCCCCAGAGCCCUUGAACCUGACAGACCCAGAAUCCCCAUAGUCCAGGCUCCCCUGAACCCAAAGCUUCCACCACCCUCCUCUAUCCCGAACUACAAAUACUCCAUCAAUAUUGAUUGAAUGUUUCUCGCCUGGUACUUCAAAGCCUUACCACAAUCAGCAGGAUUGCCCUCCUCUUCCAUUUUAAUCGGAGAUGUAAGCUCUCGUAGGAAAUAAGUCGAAUAGGAAUCCAAACAGAGAUAAAGGGAGAUUAUUGAGGGAUGGUUCUUACUCAUUUAGCCAUUUGUGUUCUUAAAAAGAUGGUGUCCAUGGAAACAUUUGGCCCAAACAUCCUCACUUUUUUUAGGCACUAGGAGUUAUGUGGGAGACUUUUGGAGAAGCAGGUUUCUGUGCAAGUAGAUUGUGAGCUCCUUGAGAGCAAGGACUGCCUUUUGCCUCUUUUUGUAUCCCCAGCACUUAGCUUGAUGCCUGGCAUAUAGUAGGUACUUAAUAAAUGCUUACUAACUUCCUAAAAAAGGUGUUUCAAAGUAGAGUGGGCCACCUUGAACUUGGGAUGUUCCAUCAUAGGAGACCUAGCAGAAGCUGAAUGAUCACUUCCCUAAUUGGUCUCCUAUCUUCUAAUCCCUCCCCUCUCCAAUCUAUCCACCAUACACACAGAUGCUGAAAUCAUCUCCUGAAAGUACACUUCUGAGAUCGUCACUCUUUUGCUCAAAAGCCUUUGGUGGCUCCCUGUUACUCAUACGCUAAUAUACAAUACAGUACCUGGGAGCCUGGCAUUUUGAAUCCUCCAUCCAAGCCACCUUUCUAAGCUGAUUUCACAUGCCUUAAGGGAUUUUCAAUUCCAGCCAAGCUGGCAUCCUAGCUUUCCUACAAAUUUGUAUUUUCAUCUUCCAUUCCUGUGCCUUCACAUAGGCUACCCCUGGUCUGGCAUGGUCUCCUUCCUCUCCUCCAACUCUUGGAAUCUCUAGAUUCCUGGGGGCUUAACUGAGGUGUUUCAUGUUACUGGUUGUCUUCUAUCACCUCAAAUUGUCUUGUAUUUACUUAUCUGUGUACAUGUCAUGGCCCUCCCCCGCCCAAAAUAGAAUGCAAGUUUCUUAAGGACAAGAACAAUUUUCUUUUUUUUUAAUCUUCAUAGUGCCAGUACCUAGCACAUAGUAGAGUCUUAAUAAAUGUUUGUUGCAUAAUUGAAUGUUGUAAAAGGGAUUCUUCUCAUAAGUUGAACCAUGAAGUCACUUCUAGCUCUGAGAUUCUAUGAAAAUCAAGAUCAUUUUCCCCUACUAUUUGGCCAGUGGAUUUCGGCUGGAAUUUGGAUCUUGGGGUACAUUUAAACUAAAUGGAGUUGUGAUUUUAAAAAAUAAAUUGCUCUGACUUAUGUA